CUAGACCUUAAACUCAAACCGUAGAUCCUAAACCUAAACCUAGACUCUAAACCCUAAAGAAACAACAUCAACAUUAACCCUAACCUUUAGGAUAUAUGAUUUGGGUUCAGGGUUUACGAUUUGAGUUUAGAGUGUAGGGAUUAGGUUUGGAUAUAUGGUUUGAGUUUAGAGUCUGUGAUUUGGGUUUAGGAUAUAUGGUUUGGGUUUAGGGUUUACAGUUUGGGUUUAGGGUUUAGGAUUUGGGUUUAGGAUAUAAGGUUUGAGUUUAGGGUUUAGGAUUUACGGUUUGGGUUUAGAGUUUAUGAUUUGGGUUUAGGGUUUAGGAUAUAGAUUUAAAGUUUAGGGUUUAGUAAGUGGCGUUAGCAUCAUUAAAAUUGGCAUUAUUAUUUUUUUCAAUUAUUUCAGAUUUUUUAAAAUAAAAUUAAUCUAUUUUAUUAUUAAUGUAUGUGGUACUUUGAUUGAUAGCAAAAGGAGAUGUGAAUUUAAAGGUUAACACUAGGGCCGAAAGUCUUGUUCUUAUUCAAGAGGUGAGAGACAAUACAUAAACUUUUGUUUGAAUCUUUAUCCAUAUUUGUUUUAUAUUCUCUCUAUUUUUUAAAGAAUGCCAUUUAAUCAAAUUUUUUGUUAAAAAAAAUGUUAUUUUAAAAUUGCAUUGUCAUUUAUACUUACUUUCAUCUUAAUAUUAAUUGAAAAUAUAUUAAUUUUAUAAAGAAAAUUAUUUAUUCCAAAUUCUAUUAGUUGAAUAGAUGUAAUUAAUUGCAAAUUCAAUGCAUUGAUUUUAUAAAUAAAUUAUUUAUCUCAAAAAUCUCCAAAAACCCAUGCCAAUUGGAUCCAAUAAAAUUAUCAUGCAAAAAAGAAAGUAGUAACAUUGAUUUUUUUCUACAUAUAUUUAGUUUAUAAUAAAGUAUUUAUAUAUUGCAAUAUAUUUUGUUUUUAAAUUACAAAAUGUAUGUCAACAAUAUUACUACUAAAUUACAGUAUACCAUACCAUACGUCCAUGCUCCAUACUCUAUAUCUUACCGCCAUCUUCAGUCUAAUCAUCUCCGAAAGAAACCGUUUGCCUUUCAAACUUUUAAAAGAAUCAUAAAUCUUUUUUUUGAAAGGGUAAUAUUAUUUGCUUUUAAAAGAAGAAUAAAUAAUAAAUAAAUGUUGAAAAUAAUAAAAAAAUAAAACGAGUGUCACGUUACAUUUUUUACUAUUAUUAGUAUUAUUUUAUUUUUGUCAACAAAAGAAUUGAUUGUUUCUAUCUGUUAUAUAUAAACACACAAAAGCAUAAAAGCUCACUCAACACUUAAACGCCUCGAAUUCUCUCUACCAUAUAAAAAUCUCGGUGAGGCCGGCGGAGAGACUAUGGCGGGACAGUCGCGGAAAUGGAUGAUUCUUGUGGCGACGAUAUGGAUUCAAGCAUUUACGGGGACGAACUUCGAUUUCUCAGCUUACUCCUCAGAUUUGAAAUCGGUUUUGGAGAUAUCGCAGGUGCAGCUUAACUACCUAGCCGUCGCUUCCGAUCUUGGGAAGGUGUUCGGGUGGUCGUCGGGGCUUGCGUUGAUGUAUUUCCCACUUUGGACGGUGCUUUUCACGGCGGCGUUCAUGGGAUUCGUCGGUUACGGAGUCCAGUGGCUGGUCAUAACUAACUUCGUCUCUUUGCCUUAUAUUAUGGUGUUUCUCUGUUGCUUACUUGCUGGUUUAAGCAUCUGUUGGUUCAACACAGUCUGCUUUGUCCUCUGCAUCAGUAACUUCCCUGCAAACAGAUCACUUGCUCUUUCCCUCACGGUAAGCUUCAACGGUGUAAGCGCUGCUUUAUACACUCUCGCUUACAACGCAAUCAACCCAACCUCUCCAGAGCUCUACCUUCUCUUAAACGCUCUCAUACCUCUCGUUAUCUCUUUCGCUGCAAUCAUCCCUAUUCUUCGCCAACCACCUUUUGAGCCUCUUCCACCAGAUGGAGUUCGCCGUGACUCUCUCAUGUUUCUGUUGCUCAACAUCCUCGCCGCUUUAAACGGCGUUUACCUCCUCCUCUUUGAGUCAAACUCCUCUGACGUAACCUCUGCUCGUCUCCUCUUCGGUGGAGCUAUCAUUCUCUUGAUCCUCCCUUUAUGUAUCCCCGGUUUAGUCAUCGCACGUAACUGGUAUCUUCGCACGAUCCACGCUAGCUUCCGUCUCGAAGGUUCUGGUUUCAUUCUAGUUGAUCCUGAUGAGCUUGAGUUGCAUAAAGGGAUGCUUGCGCAAGAAGCUGACCGAGAAAGCUACCAGUUCCUGAACGAAGAUGUUGUGCAAAACACAGUUAAGACUAUAGCUGCGGAGGAAGGUGAUGCUGAUGAGUUGCUUAUCACAAGAGGCCAGCUUGAGGUUUUGGGAACUGAACAUUCUUUGAAGCAGCUCUUAUGCAGAGUUGACUUCUGGUUAUACUAUGUCGCGUACUUCUGCGGUGGAACCAUCGGUCUUGUGUACAGCAACAACCUUGGACAGAUAGCUCAGUCUUUAGGACAAAGCUCAAAGACCACAACUCUUGUCACACUUUACUCCUCCUCCUCAUUCUUUGGAAGGUUGCUUUCUGCAACACCAGACUAUAUUAGAGCGAAGUUUUAUUUUGCAAGAACCGGGUGGUUAGCAAUCGCGUUAUUACCAACACCAAUAGCUCUAUUCUUGCUUGCAUCAUCAGGAACCGCGUCAGCAUUACAAGUAGGAACUGCGCUGAUUGGUCUAAGCUCAGGAUUCAUAUUUGCAGCAGCGGUUUCCAUCACAUCAGAGCUUUUUGGACCAAACGGUGUUGGAGUUAACCACAAUAUCUUGAUCACAAACAUACCUAUAGGAUCUUUGAUAUAUGGAGUCUUGGCUGCAUUGGUCUAUGACUCACAUGGUUCGACCGGGAUCAAAUCGAUGACUGACUCGGUCGUGUGUAGGGGAAGAGGCUGCUAUUAUUUGACGUUUGUGUGGUGGGGAUGCUUAUCGGUACUUGGACUAGGUUCGAGUCUUGUGCUGUUUAUUAGAACUAGAAGAACUUACCAAAGGUUUGAGCAAGCUCGGAUAAGUUCAAACAUUGAUUCAUAGAAAGUUGCCUCAAUCCCUAGUGUGGUUUCUGUAUAUCAAUCAGUAUAUGUAGAAACUAAAUUAUAACAGAUGAGUUGCUGUUUUUGUAUUUAUAUGAGAAAAAUUUGUGUAAUUGUUGAUUACAUUACUAAACAAGUCUGCAUUGGAACUUUA